AUGAUGGACACUGCAGGCGCCGCCAUGGACAUCCCCCACCACGAUGCUCCGGUCUCGUUGAAGAAGAGCCGCACCGCGGCAUUGGAGGCGAUUGAGGACAUUGUAUACGGAUCUGUCGCCGGUGUAGUCGGCAAAUACAUCGAAUACCCCUUCGACACGGUCAAAGUUCGACUCCAAUCCCAGCCCGACAACCAGCCCCUCCGCUACAAGGGCCCGCUUGACUGCUUCCGCCAGUCUAUCAAGGCCGAGGGUGUCCUCGGUCUUUACCGCGGCAUCAGCGCCCCGCUCGUCGGCGCCGCUCUUGAGAACAGCAGCUUGUUCUUCUUCGAACGCAUCGGUCGCGCUGCGGUCUACUCUUCCGGCAUAACACCCCAAGGCCAAGAGCUUUCUCUGGGCGCGCUCUGGUUCACAGGCGCCUUCUCCGGCUUCUUCACAUCCUACGUCCUGACACCGGUCGAGCUCGUCAAGUGCAAGAUCCAGGCGCCUGCGAGGGCAGACGGCUCCGCGCCGCCACAGCUGCGCCCGCUGGCCGUCGUGCGCGAUAUCUACCAACACAAUGGCAUCAAGGGUUUUUGGGUCGGCCAAAUGGGCACGCUGAUCCGCGAAUCGGGCGGUUGCGCCGCAUGGUUCGGCAGCAAGGAGACAGUGACCAAGCUGUUUUACCACCUCAACGGUAGGGCGGCGAAGAGCCAGUCGGAGAAGGAGGCGCUCGCUGCGAAGCCGUUGCCGCUAUGGCAGCAGGCUCUGGCGGGAGCCUCUGGUGGUGUCUCGUACAACUUCCUCUUCUUCCCCGCCGACACGAUCAAGUCGCGCAUGCAGACGGCAGCCAUCGGCGAUGCGACGCGGGGCCGGACGUUCUGGCAGGAGGGUGCUGUCGUAUGGCAGCAACAUGGGUUGAGGGGGUUAUACCGGGGAUGCGGCAUCACUUGCCUGCGCUCCGCGCCCAGCUCGGCCUUCAUUUUCAUGGUUUUUGACGGUCUCAAGCGACAAUUCCCCAUGCAGUAG